CACCCUUGCAUCAUGUCGGACCUGGAAAAUUCCAACCGUGUCAGGGACGAGGUGGCAGCUAUUUUGCAAGGCCUCAGCUUGGACAAGAGUUUCUUUUCGCAAAAGCUGAGCAGUGAUAGUGCCCACAAGCUUGUACCUCGCAAUCCUGAUGGUACUGAGCAAGAAGGCAGAUUUGAUGUUCAACGUUCAACGCUUUGGAUUGGCAUCAUUGACUCCGUUAAAAACGGCUGUGUCUUGUUCCACCCAAAUGGCAGGACAAAGAGGGUCGGCGAGACUAUCGAUAGGCGGAAACAAGGCUCCGGCAGUUGGAACAGGCUUUCGACGGAGGCCUUCCAUGGUAGCUCGUAGGUUUCCAGACUUUGAUGUCUACCUGUCCGAGUCGCUGAUGCCAGUUCUAGCGCAGGCUCUCGACGCACUUGGACGACAAGUGUCGCGAAUGAAGCUGCAGGGUGACAAGCUUGAUGCUAGGGUUAGAGCUCGCUUCAAUCCUAUCACCUGGCUGGCACAGCAGCUGCUUCGGAGGCAUCCAAGGGUGGCGAGCACUCCAAGACGCAUGGCCCUUUACAGGAACUUCCAUGACUGGGCCGAUCAGGAACGUGGAAGGAGAGAACUCUUACGCUCCAAGCCAAAGUUCCUGGAGGUUUUCAAUGGCUUCAUGCAGAACGGUAUAGUUGGCAGGAACAGCCUGACGAGAAUCCUGGAAGCAGUGGAUGAUAUCUUCCACUUGAAGGGCGCUCUGAAGGACAGCCAGAUGGUUCAGCAGGAGGUUCUGAAGGGUGGUCCAAGCAGAGCUACUCAUAGACGAGGUUCCCUUGGAGGAGAUGCAGUCAGCUUUGAUCAGUUCUGGUUUAAGAUGGCGAAUGUGAUUGUGAAGCAUGAUGGCAUUCUCCUGUCGACCAUUCAAGAGGGUAGACGCUUGCAAAAACUCAGAGAGGAAGAGCAGGUGAGAGCACUGGAGGCUGCAAGACGGGAAGAAGAGCGAAGGCAAAAGGAAGCGAAAGCAAUUCGAAAGCUGAAUAAUGCCUUUUCAGCGCUUUACCCAAAACUCAGUCAAGAUGAGGCGCUUAAAAGCAUUCUGGAUGGCAAAACUCUGACGGGUGAGUUCUUAAAGCCGACUGAUCCAGAAUACGCGUCCCAGGUUGCACCACAUGGUCCCCACGUUCUCCUGUUGGCAGAGUUGAUGAACUUGCUCGGGCUUGAGACUCGCUCAGAGAAGGAAAACCUCGGGGGCUUGGAGGCGGAAGAUGAUGGACGUCGGCUUUUCCGCAACAAGGUCCAGCACCAGACGGAGGAGGUGGAGAAGGCAGAAGCGGAAGAAGAAAAGGCUGCAAAGGACAAGAGGCAAAAGGCUGGAAAGAGGCAAGGAAAGGGAUCGAAAGAAGAGCCGAGGGAAGCAAGUCCCACCAAGAAGGGCUCCAAGGAGGAUCCUGGCCUCGCCAAGAGAGGAUCCAAAGAAGACGUAGCAAAGAGAGGAUCCAAGGAGGAUGCUGGCCUUUUGAAGAGGGGGUCCAAGGAAGAUGUGUCUGCAAAGAGAGGAUCCAAAGAGGAUCCUGGCCUCGUCAAGAGAGGAUCUACUAAAGAAGAUGUAGCUGCGAAGAGAGGAUCCAAGGAAUCCGCUGCCCCAGGUUCAAAGAGAGGAUCUAAGGAAGACACUGGCUCCAAACCAGGCUCAAAGCAAGCAUCUAAGGAGGAGCCGCCUGAAGAAAUGCCAGCCACAGAUGAUCGCUGGUGGGAUUCUACACUCAAGUCUUCUUGGAAGAUCCUCCAGGCAGCCUGCAGUGCGGAGCGCACUGGCAUUGUGGAGGCAGAGGUGCUUCGAAAGCUGCUGGCAGUGCCUGAUGAUAUUUCUCUCACCAAGCACAAGGUGACUGCUGAACUACAAAAGGUGGCAGAAAAUGGUGUGCAGGACGUACAUGAGGUCCUAGAAAAGAAGAAGCAGAAGCCCACAAUGGAGGAACUGUCACUGAAGUAUGGCAUGUCACAUCCACGCUUGAUGUUCUUCCACGACCUCUUCGAAAGCUUCCUUCCAGUGAAAGAGGACGGAUCUCCUGGAACCUGUGGGUACCCUGAGAAUCCCUCCGUCAUUGAUAGAAAGACGAUGUUUUCGCUUCUGAAGCAGCUUCAACCCACACUCACUGAGGCGGAGUUCGAGGCUCGUUUCAAACGGCUAGAUCAUGACGCCAGUGGUGUGAUCGAGUUCGACGAGUUUGUACGAUGGGUGUAUGAUGACGAGGUAGAAGUUGUUGGCAGCGCCGAGAAGGUGAAAAGGACCUUCGAGGAGCUGGCCGAUGACAUGGAUGUUGACCUCAAACUCAUAAUGUACGUGUACGACUGCUUCAAGUUUGAACUUGGAAGUCAGGUGGAUGAGUAUCCAAAGACAUGUGCGGCAAUUCCAAAAGAGCAAGCUUGCGCGCUGGCUGGGAUUCUGGUGAAGAACCUCACGAGGAAAAAGUUCGACAGAUAUUGGGAGAUGAUCGAUGUCGACCAGAAGGCGGCCGUCACCUUUGAUGACUUCUGCGAGCUGCUGGACUUCGAAGAUAUGCCAGAAGAGAUCUUAGCAAAGUACAACUCUGAAGAUUAAUGCUGUUGCCGUUCUUUCAGUGACCCUCAGGUCUGACUGUCCCGAAGAACAGCCGCAGGAUUCGCAGAAUCCGCAGAAGCUUUGCCUCUUUGGGGGCGACCAAUGGACGAUUAUAAUUCAGACGGAAUCUACUCCCAUGGACAGGAU